AUGAGUGGCCCAUCACAAGGUAGAAUCGAACUUAUCGGGGACGAUAGUUCGAAAAGCAGUAGGAAGAAGGCCUGUUACGCUGGUAAUUGGGAUCAUGCCCCGCAUCUGAUCAUCGUGGGAGAAACAGCAUUUAGUCCUUCAUCACACGACAAAUGCGGAACCCAUGUUGUCUUUGUCAGAACUGAUAACGAUGGCAGAAGAAGGAUUUGGGAACGAACAAGUCACGAUUCGGGUAACGAUAUUUGGAAGAAAUUGGCUGCCACAGCUCAUUUGGACCUUAUCACUACCGUUAAAGACCAAUCCUCGAGUCAAGCAUCUGAACCUGACAGCUCACAACAGGGAGUGAUCGACAAGUUGCAUACAUUGUUGAUCACAGAUUAUACCGGUCAUCCAGCUACUCUUAAAUGGACAGAGACCGGAGAAGAAGAACGAGUGUUGUUAUUGGACUACAAGAGGGAUAAUGUUCCACAUAUCGCUGAAUCUUCGGAAGGUACUGCUUGUCAGUUUGGAUACUUUGCCAGAGAUCAGUCAGCUCAUAUGGUAGGAUCGAUCUGUGAUGAUUGGCAAUUGAAGCAACACCCAAAUGACGGAAGGUACAGGUGGAGGAAGCUCGAAGGAAAAUAUUGCAUCGAAACGGUAGAAGAGAAAGGGCUCGACCAAACCAACUCAUCCAGCCCUGUAGCUGGGAUAACCGCAGAGCAACGUUUAGAGGAGGAAGACAGAGAUUCGAAUUACGAAUUCUCAGAUGCUUUAUUUCAAGUCUCUUCAGGGGACGAUAUGUCAGGUGAAGAGUCCGAGUAUGAAAGUGCAGCGCGCACACCAUCUUCAACAUCGUCUACACACUCUCUACUCGCCGGAUAA